AUGUCUGCAGCGGGUGCUUUGUAAGAAAGAAGUAGCUAGUACCUACUAGGUACAUACAUAUGCCCGCCUCCUUAUGUAAACUUGUAAAUCAAAAUCCAUUGGAUUGAUUAGAUGUCGAUUUAUAAUUCAUUACGGAGACAUUAUCCGGUGUUGUCGAAUUUUUCAUUUCAGAGGAGAUUUAGGCAGGUAUAUUAAUUGUUGAGCGUGUCAUUUUCGUGCGGCGGUUUCUGUACUUUUGUGAGGUUACGCCGUGUUUUUAUUUUGUGAAGAAACGAAACGAAAGAGCGGCAAAGGAUUCGGGAUUCGGUCAAUAAUGGGCUCCACCGAUUUCGCAACAGCUUCUCCCUCUCUGCAUCAUGAUUCUUUUCAAUACGAUGAGGACAAGACACCAUAUACCGCUCCUGUCAUAUCUCGAGAUGAAGAUUUGGAUAUUGAUGAGGCUUCGAGGAAGAUUUUGGAGAGGAGAUUGGUGAGAAAGGUGGAUUGGAGAUUAUGUACCAUCGCGGGAAUAUUAUGCAGUUUGAAUUUGAUGGAUUCGGGAAUCAUUAGUUCGGCCAGUGUCGCGGAUGAUUUCUUCACUACUUUGGGAUUGGGUGUCGGAAAUAGAUAUGUGAGUUCUUACAUUUCGCUGAUUGAAGCCACUUUUGCAUAUGUGCUGAUGAAGUAAAUAGUCGGUCUCAAUCUUGGUGUACACAGUGGCAAGUGUAACAUUUCAGUUGCCAGCUACACUUUGUGUGAGGAUGUGUGGUCCACGAUUUGUAUUCUCGUUGAUUACAGUUGGCUUUGGAAUUAUUACCAUGGUAUGUAUCUCUUGACUCGACACACGAUUAUUCAACAUUGAAGAAAGGUUCUAAUAAGAGGAAAAAGUGUACUGCAUUCAUCAAUACCUGGGAACAGAUGGUAGUCCUUCGUCUUCUACUUGGAAUUGCCCAAUCAGCUAUCUUUCCUGGCUUGAGUUAUCUCAUUUCGACUUGGUAUACGAGGAAAGAACAACAGCUUCGUUUCGCAUUUUUGCAAACAGGUGAAGUUAUUGUCGUGGGCCUGGGAAUCUUUCUCAAUUAUGGUGUGAACCAUUUGAACGGUAAAGGGAACUUGGCCGGUUGGAGGUGGAUGUUUCUGGUGCAGGGUUUACUUGCUAUAGGUAUGUUAUCCUGCUCAAAGGAACUUAGGGAGUCAAGAGUUAAUGUGAUAAUAGUUCUGGGAUUCGUAACCUAUUUUUGGAUGGUGGAUUUCCCGGAAAAUGCUCAUAAAAGUCUUCGCUUCUUGACGGCCGAGGAGCAAAAUCUUGCAGUGGCGAGAAUUUCAGACGAUAGGGGUGAUGUGAAAGCUGAGGAAUUUUCGCUUUGGAAUUGCCUCGUCCAUUUUCUAGAUCCAAAGAUCUACGGCUUCUGUGCUUUGUUGUUUUGUUUGAACUUGGUAUCGACGAGUGAGUGUUGACUUCAAUUUACUUUUUGAAAUCAGUGUGCUGACAUCAACCAAAGGCAUGUCCUACUUCCUACCCAUCAUUCUGAAAAGUGGAAUGGGGUUUUCUGAGGAUAGUUCAAUCAUGUUGUCCGCACCACCCUAUUUCUAUGCCGUAAUCCCCGUCAUAAUCUCCUCAAUAGUUGGAGAUUAUUAUCAACUUCGGGGCUUGGUAAUAAUUUUCAACAGCAUCUGUACCAUUGUAGGAUUCGCUAUGUUGGGAUUUGCUAGCCAGGACACAGUUCGUUAUAUCGGAACCUACCUCUCCACGGGAGGAUAUGUAUCGAACUGGGCGGCUAUGAAUGCAUAUCAAUCAUCCAAUAUCGUUGGACAAUGGAAAAGAGCAACUUUCGCUGCUGCAAGUACUGCUUGCAACGGAUUAGGAGGAAUUGCCGGUGCAUUCAUUAUCAGAUAUAAUGAGGCGCCUCGAUACAUGACGGCGAUUUGGGUCAGUAUUGGAUCUCAUAUCGUCAUUAUUGCUAUCGUUGGUAUGCUCUCGAUAUAUUUCUGGCAUGCGAAUGGCCGACAGAGGAAGGGGAUGGUAUUGCUUGAGAGGACCAUAGACUUCAGGUAUACCUAUUGAAUUAGAGAAUAUAUCUUUGGUCAGUAGAAGGAAGAAUUCUCUUGUGUAGCUAUGUAUUAGAAUGUCGGAUAUGACUACCUACGGUUUCGCAUUCGAGGCGGAGCAGACAGAGGGGAAGUCCGAGUACUGCGUAAGCCGAUUUUGCAGGCAUGUGAAAAUGACAAUGUCGUCUUAAUACAGAUAACUGAUUUCAUAACCACCGUACUAGUGAAAUAUAUAUCGAGAAUUCUGUUCAAUAAUCGGUUUGUCAGUUUAAACUUACUUGUCUUGAUUUCCACAUAUCCGGAAAUUCGGUCACUCCAUCG